AUUACAGGAACUUACCUUAAGUAAAAGGCGAUGUCUGACCCGACUUCUAGUGAGGAUGAAGGUGAUUUCUGUAGUUCAAGGUCAGGAGGUCAUUCAGGUCAAAGGUCACCAAUGUCAAAUGGUCAUGUCAACUCUCCAUCCCGGGUAAACACUAGCAGGGGCGGCAGCGUGAACUCAGGAUUAGACCUGACUAAAAUCUGCAGAGAUGAGGAGGAUACUCGCCUCUUAGCCAGAUUAUUGAAAUGUAGCAAAGGAAAGGAGGUAGUUUCUGAGUUAGAGGAAAGACUGUGCUGUAAAUUACACAUCAAGUACAAGACAAAGCCUAAACGUCGCUUAGUAACGAAACGUCCAAGGUCACGUCGAUGUCAACCACAAGCGGGAUGUCAAUCCUUACCCGUCCGGCUUUUCGGAGGAAGAGGUGCAUCGGUAUCAGAAACUCCAGAUUAUAGGUCAACAUCCACAAUCAUUAACAACGUGGAGGUCAAGGUCAAACAGGGUGACAUCGCCAAGGAAACGGCGGACGUCAUUGUCAAUGUGGUGGGACCAGACCUAGAUUUUCAGAAGAGCCUCAUUUCCAAAUCUCUUUGUAAGGCUGGAGGAAACACUCUGAUUAAGGCUUUGAAAGAUUCUAAAACAAAGCUUGGCAGCUCCCGGAUCAUUACAACCGUCGGUGGAAACUUAAAUUGUCAAUUUGUGUUUACACUGAUCCUUCAUCCUUGGUCAGACGUGAACGCCCAAAAGGAAUUCCCUCAGAUCGUGGAUGAGUGUUUUCAGCUGUGUAUUCAGAGUGGAAUGAGUUCCAUAUCGCUACCACUGUUAGGUUGCGGCCGGAUGUUGCAGUAUCCAAUACAGACGACAGCUGACGUCAUGGUGCAGAGCGCCUGUAAAGCUCUAUCUAAAGGCGGACUCCAGGGAAUAACUUUCGUUCAAUAUAGUCCACCAGAAUACGACGCCAUGACACAAGCGCUGAGUCAGAAUAGUGGCGCGACAGGUGGCACGGGGGCCAAUGGUGAAGGUGACAGCGACGAUGGGGAUGUGAUAGGUUGCUCUAUAUCUGUGUCGACGUUUUCUAAAACAAGACCAAAUGUUGCGUCUCGGAUUAUUUCGGGAAUUGAGGACAGAUUACUGUGCACCGAAACUAUUCAAAAUCCCCAAAAUAAAUGUUUACCACUUCGAAUCAAGGGACGAAUUCACGAGGUUGCAUCAAAGAGAGGACAGUGGCAUAUAAAACUCGACAUAGAUCAGAAGACAGGUAAUAUAGAGUUAAAAGGUGAAAGGGAUUACAUUAGAAAGUGUAAACAUGAAAUAAUACCUCUACUGUCUGGAACUGUGAACACUUCUGACCAGCUUAAAUGUUCGCCCGAGUUUUGGUCUAGUCUUGCCCACGAGUACACCCAAACUCCGCCAUAUUGGUCACAUUUUCCGAAGUGUCGCCCUAUGCCGGAGGUAUUUAAAUUAUUCCAGGCCAAUCGUCAGCCGAUGGUGGUCCCGGUAGAUAGAGAUACUGACGCUGCAGUCAGGAGUCUCGUUCACAGCACGUGGCAGAAAGAAAAUGUAGGUCAAGGACGAGAUGCGGUGGGUUUGUCUCACACGUCCCUCAAGAUCCAUAAGGUAGAAAGGAUAGAAAAUCUAGGACUUUUCGCAAAAUACGCCAUCAAGCGUCAGGAAUUUUUCCGUGCUCUCUCGGAUGAUGAAACGUAUCAUUUUCCAAAAAUUGAGGAUGUUUUGCCCACAGGCAUGCCGAUGCAGUGUAGAGGACCAAUAGAUACCUAUACAAAGUUAACAAAACCCCUUAAAGAAGAAAUCUUCCCAGAAAUUAAUGAGCAUUACCUUUUUCAUGGGACCAAACCAGAAGUUUUACAGACUAUUAUUCAUCAAGGCCUGGACUUCAGAAUGAGCAGUGAUAAAGCUAUGUUUGGUAUGGGAAUUUAUGGGGCUGAGAGUUCUACAAAAGCGGACCAAUACGUAGACGCCAAAACCAACAGAACUCCUGGAACGAAGAAAAUGCUUUUGAUGCGGAUGUUGCUUGGAAAAUCGUACAUUUGUCUGGACCCAAACCCCAAAAAGUACAGACGCCCCCCAUGCACUAGUUCCGGUUGUCGGCGUGACGACUGUGUCGAUAUGCAUGACCGGUUCGACAGCGUCAUUGGAGACGGACAGUGGUUAUUCCGGGAAUUCGUGGUGUAUGCUGUUGAUCAGUGUUAUCCGGAGUUUAUCAUCACUUACGAAAGAAAAUAAGGAUAUGCUCAUUUGCAAUCUUUCUUUCCAAGUGGUUCUAGAGAAAAGGAUUUUUAAAAGGUGUUACCAAACAAAUUCAAAAUUAUCUCCCCUUGAAAUAGAGCUUAGCAUUUCAUGUGAACAAACUUAAAUAUCCUUUAUCCGAAAACGCUUUGUGGCAAGUUGGAGUCGAAACUGUGAAAAGUUUAUAGACGACGGACAGACAGACGCCGGGCGCUCUUUAAUCUGGCAGAUACUCCUGUAAGCUCACUUGCGGGAUUGGCUUAAGGUAGCUAAAAAGGGAGUACAACACAAUGUUUGCAAAAUAUGGUUCAGCGCAAUCAUUGUAAAUGGUGGAUUCUGGAGAUUUUACCACAAACCCAGACAUAUUUGAGGAAGUUUUUUUUUUUAGGGAUAAGCAGUCUUCCUGAAAUAGAAUCAUGAAAAGUUCUAAAUAAAAGUAGAAAAUC